AACAAGAAGCACACGAACACAAUCCGAAAGCUAACCACAAAGCUUCUCACUUUCACUUUCACAAUCACAUAAACCUUUCUUUCUAAUCCUAUCCAGAAAGAAGAUAAUCGUUUUAGGUGAAAAAUGGCGAAGAAAGGAGGAGGAGGAGGAGCAACACUCGCCGAGGACGCACCGUGGCGAGUCUCCUCAGUAAAGCCAGUCCCUCGAAUCAGCCGCUCACCUGUUCUCUCCAUCUCUCAAAGCCCAGAGACCGAUUACGCCAUUGCCGUCAUGAAGCAUCCGAAUCCAGUAGGAGGUGGUUUGGCGAUGGAAGCAGUGCUUGAAUCUGCAGGACCUGAAUGCGUUGUUCCUGGUCAAGUCACGCCUCUUCGCCUUCUUGGUGUUAAGGUGUGGCCUGUUGAAGUUGAUCUUAAGUUCUUGGAACCUGUGGGGAAAGAGCUGAAGAUGCUUGGGAAGUUCAUGGAUAAUGCUGUGGACCUGAUGAAUAAGUCCUUCAUCGACCGUUAAGCACAACUGGUUUGGUUAUGUACUUGUCAAGGUUCUUCUACGGCUAGAGUUUUGGAAUUGCGGAACUUAUUACAGGCAGAUAAAGAUAUAUGAUCUGAGCAAAGUUGAAUAUGGUGUGUGUAUAGAGAGGAUUAUCUCCUUUGAAUAUUGUUACAGAAAAAAAUCUAUAUGCUAUCAAAUCAUUGGUUUGAAUUACUGUUUUUUUAAGAAUAAUAUUCUUAAAGUUUCAUCCAAUGUUCUUCAAGCUUUUA